AAUCACAACGCUCUCACACUCGGUUCGGACAGUUACUAUAUCCGAUACAUUUUCAUUAUAUUAAAUUUCCACAUGCGUAGUUUCCAUUUCAUAAUUAAAAAUAAGUACAUUUUAAAACAGUGUCGUAUAGUUUCGGUCACUUUAUUAACAAUUGUUGGGCGCCAAAAAGUUCAAAGGAGCAAUAAUAAUAAUAAUAAUAAUGGAAAAACGCAAAGAACUCGAGGGAGAUAUGCCCGUGAGCAAAAUAACCGUAAAGAAACCCGAAGAUAUUAAGAGUUUCGCGGAGUCAACCAUGAAUGAACUAUUGGGUUGGUACGGGUACGACUCAUCCAAGCAGGAACCACAAGAUGCCCGAAACUCACGCAGCAUUUCGGUGAAUAACGACUCGGAAAGCGAAACCUUUUUGGAAGGUUGCGGUUGGUGCGGAAAAUCCAUAGAAGAAAACAACAGCGUCGUGUCAGCUACUGCAGCAUUCUGUUCGGAGCUGUGCUUCUCCCAAUCCCGUAGGGCCAGCUUCAAACGUAAUAAAACGUGUGACUGGUGUCGACAUUCUCAUCAUACUGUGUCAUAUGUAGAACUACAGGACAACUCGACCCAGCUACAGUUUUGCUCAGAUUCAUGCUUGAACCAGUACAAGAUGCACAUCUUUUGCCGAGAAACUCAAGCCCACCUGGAACUCCACCCUCACAUUCAUGAAGGAGACUCUAGUGGAAACCUGAUCACUCCUGACCUCUGGAUGAAGAACUGCGUAUCUCCACCUCAAACGAGUAGAUCGCCUCCAAAACCUCCUCCAAUCGAGCCGUUACAUUUAAUAACUGUGGCGCCCCCUAGUAAAUUGCUUGCGAACGACUCGAAAAGAAAUCGAUCGAAGCACGUUAAACGAUCGAAAAGGGGAGGAUGUUCUUCCACCAUUACGUCGUUAUGUGAGGAUGCUCCUCAGGAUUUGAGGAUACGACAAAGUCCUCCCGUUAUGCCAGAAACCCCUCCUGAGGUCCUAAGUGGUCCGUCAAAAGAUGAUGCUACAUGUAGAGUUGAAGAGGAAUUGAAACAGGAAUCUAGUCAAGCAAACUUGUCUUCUCAAAAUAUCCGUGCUAUCCUAAGCAGUAUUUUACCACCCCCAACAACUUUCGUGCCAUAUCCAGUCAUACUGCCAUUGCCAAUACCUAUACCGAUUCCAAUACCUAUACCAAAGAUGUUUGAAACGAAUACUGGAAAGGAUCUUAUUGAACUGAAGCAUUGCUUAGUGCAAACAGACUUUGACCCACAUUUGAGUAACAAUAACAAUAAUUGCCAGAACGAUUUGGAAAUUGAUGACGUUGAAAAGGAGUCGAGUGAUUCGACGCAAGUCAGUCAAACGAGACUCUUAAGGAAACGUAAACGCAACGAGACCAAAACCAAAAUGUUUUCUAAGCAUAAAAAGACAUUAGCGACGUUGCCAUAGACUGUUGGCGUAUGCGCAAUUCGUACCAAAAACUAUUGUUAGUAUUAGUUAGUAUUUAUUAUCCUCAACCUCGAUUCAAGUUGGAUUUGUUUCCAAUUUUUAGGAUGCAAGGUGUCUGGUAAAAAUUGCAGUUGCCAAAUUCGUGAACCCCGUUUAAUUGAAGUGCCGUAUUCAAUGGCGGAAUGACACACGAGUGUUGAAAUUAAUUGGUUUGGUUUAACAUUAGGCAUUUCAUAACACAUUUUAAGUCAAUGUUCUAAUUGAAACAUUUUUUACAGCCUGUCAAAGAUGAUAGUAAAACUUUUCUUAUUUUUUUUGACUUUUAGUACAAAAAAAAUCCAUAACUCUCUUAAAAGUUGACCAAAUUUGCUCAAACUUUCACCUAAUUAUUAGGAAAGCUUUGAUUUAUAUUGCUCAAUAUACCUUAACUUGAUACUUUAAUUAGAAAUUUUUUUACAGGCUGUCAAAGUUGAUGGUGAAAAUUUUCUUAUUUUUUAGACUCUUAGUACAAACGAGUCCAUAAGUCCCGUAAAAAUCGUCCAAAUUUGCUUUAAGUGCCUCUUAAUUAUUAGGAAAGCUGCAGUUUAUAUUUUCAAAUAUAUUUUCACUUGAUGCUUUAAAUAAAAAAUUUCUUACAGGCUGUCAAAGAUGAUGGUACAAAUUUUCACGUUUUUUUUUAAUUUUCAGUACACAAAAGUCCAUAACUCUCUUACAGAUUGUCCAAAUUUACUCAAAGUUCCACUAAAUCAAUUGAAAAACUUCUUUUUAUAUUUUUGAAUAUAUUGUUAGUUAGAAUAUUAUUUUCAAAAUUUUUUACAGGCUGUAAAACAUUAUAGUAAAACUUUUCUUAUUUUUUUAGACUCCUAGUACAAAAAAUCCCAUAACUCCUGUAAAAAAUGUCCAAAUUUGCUAAAAGUUCGAUUUAAUUAUUAGAAAAAUUUUAUUUUAUAUUCUCAAACAUAACUUAACUUAAUACUUUAAUUAAACAAUUUUUUACAGGCUGUCAAAGAUGAUAUUAAAUAUUUUCUUAUUUUUUUGGACUCUUAGUACAAAAAAGUCUCUAAUUCCUUAUCGUCCAAACUUGCCUAAUGUUUCAUUUAAUUAUUAGAAAAGCCUCAUUUUAUAUUACUAAAGAUACUUUAACUUGAUAAUUUAAUUAGAAAAUUUUUUACAGGUUGUCAAAGAUGAUGGUAAAAAUUUUCUUAUUUUUUUCGGACUCUCAGUACAUAGAUAUCAAUAACUCCGUUAAAAGUUGCCCAAAUUUCCCCAAAGUUCCACUAAAUCAUUAAGAAAACUUUAUUAUAUGUUCCAUAAGAUACUUCAACUUAAUACUUUGUAUGAAAAAAAACUAUAGCCUGUCAAAUAUCAUGGUAAAAAUUUUUUUAAACCUUCAGUACAAAAAAAAGCAUAACUUCUUUAAAAGUUAUCCAAUUUUUCUCAAACUUUCACUUGAUCGUUAAGAAAACUUCUUUUUAUUUUGUUUAAUUGAGAAAUUAGAGACAGGGUUAAAUGUACCUAUUUGAGGCUAGUCUAGGUACCGGACACCCUGUAUAAGGACAACAAAAUUUUAAUAGUGAGUAUAUUAAUCUAUUGUAUAUAGAUAUGUAUGUACUUUUUUAUUAAUUAUGUUUUUUUUUAUUUAUUGUGUUAAUAAAGGCGUUACAAAAUGUA